AAGAAAUCACAAAGGAAGAACAACAAUUGGCAAACCAACUAGGGAAAGAACUCGACCAAGUCAAAGAUUCGAUACAAGAAAAAUUGAAAAACAUAGUGAAUCAUUGGAAAUUAAUAACCAUUUGCAUAGAUAUUCUGAUUAUAUCAAUCGUAUUAAUCAUUAUCAA